AUGGAGGAGGAACUGCAGCAGAGCGUCAUGCUCUCCGAAGACGCCGAAUACGAGACGGCAGACACGGCUGGCGAGGAUGUCACAGUCUUUGCCCAGACUAGCGUCAGAGGCAAUGACGGCAUGGAGGUGGAUGAGGAUGACGACGAGCUGAGUGAUCGUGACGCUUCUGGAGAGGAGAUCGACGAGGAAAUGGAUCAAGAUGCCGAGGGAGAAGAUUACAACGAGAUUGUGGACCAACAGAUUGUGGUCAGCAACGGCCGCCCUUUCCAAAUGAACGAGGAUAACGAUGAUGACGAUGACGAAGAAGAGGAAGAGGAAGAAGAUGAAGAUGCGGAUGGCGAAGAAGAUGGUGACGAAGGGGUUGGCGCAGUUAAGAUCAAGCCAGGAGAUACAGAUGACGAGGACGAGGACGAUGAAGAUGCAGAGAGCGACGUUUCCGAUCCGCUCAGCGUUGCUGAAGAUGACUCUGACGACGAGCCGGCUUGGGAAGAAGCUGGAGAGGUGGAAGAGGACGACGAAUCGGAGACUGGGCCCUCAAACAUCUGCAUGUUUUGUAAACAAGACGAAGAAAACGAUCCAAGUGAGGAUUUUGAGGCGUUCCUGACUUGUUCUAGAUGCAACGAGAAUGCUCACCAACAAUGCGCGCGAGAUGCGGCGGCGAUGAGCGAACAGAACACUGCAAAACAUUGGAAAUGUCCAGAGUGUGAUAACGGCGACUCUGACCGGGAUGAACCUGAAGAACUGGAGAGGGAGGCUAGCAUUGACGGCGAAACCAGGCCCGAGUCGCAGCUUUCUGACGCCCCUCCCGACCUCUCUCCUAGACAUCACAUGCAAGACGGCGCCGAGGCAGAAACCAACCCCAGUGACCUCACAGCCCAUGCAGAGGCCUCAGACGAGCCUCGUCUACUGCGAAAGAGAAAGACUUCGUCUGCUGAGCCUGAAGAGGCUACUAUUGCCCUGCGCAGACGCCGGCGUGGCCUCUCAGCAGACGCCGCAUCAGCCAAUGAAGAUACUGAUAGCAAAUCGGCGGAGCAGACGAGGGGUAGCUCCCGUGCGGUUCGUCUAAAAGUUGCUCGCCCAUCUCUUGUCGUCAUCGAAAAGAAAUCACGAGUCUCCCUCGUGGUGACGAUGCGUGUGCGGCCGGGGAACCUCAAGGAGAUACUUUCACGCAGGCGGAGAGAAAGGAGGCGUUCUGGAGCAAGUGCGCGGCCGCCACGGACUCCAGUCGCACCAUCAGCUGUGCGCCCCAACUCUGCAGCCGUUACAGCAACGCCUGCCGCACUCCCGACGCCGUUCACCACGGAUUUCUAUUCAACGCCUUUCUACUCUCUAUUUGAUAAAGAAACUGAAGACAUGAAGGGAAAGCCCUACGGCGGUAUCUUGACAGAACCAGAAGCAGACACAUCAAAGACACUGCCGCAGCCUGACGACCGGAGACGGUUUGACCAAGCAAAGCAACGUGCAGAAGAUGAAUGGAGAGCACGUGUGCUGGCAAUGCAGGCAGAGGUGGAUAUGCCCAUUCGCAAGUCGAAGAAAUCAAGCGAUAAUGCGAGCCAGAUAGAGUGCAUCGAGUUUGGCGGCUGGGAGAUUGACACGUGGUACGCAGCACCAUAUCCAGCCGAGUACAGCAGGAACCGCGUGCUGUACAUAUGCGAGUUCUGCCUUAAAUACAUGAACUCGGACUAUGUGGCGUGGCGCCAUAAGCUUAAAUGCGCUGCGAAACAUCCUCCGGGCGACGAGAUUUAUCGACACGGAUCAGUGUCGGUGUUUGAGGUUGACGGCCGGAAGAACCCAGUCUACUGUCAGAACCUGUGUCUUUUGGCAAAGCUUUUCUUAGGGUCCAAAACAUUGUAUUACGACGUGGAACCAUUCUUGUUCUACGUCUUGUGUGAGUAUGAUGAUUGCGGCUACCAUUUCGUCGGAUAUUUCUCCAAGGAGAAGCGCGCAAGCAGCCAGAACAACGUCUCAUGCAUUUUAACCUUGCCGAUCCACCAAAGAAAGGGAUACGGCAACCUACUUAUUGAUUUCUCAUAUCUCCUUACCAAAGUAGAAGAGAAGACGGGGUCUCCAGAGAAGCCACUCUCCGACAUGGGUCUUGUCUCGUACAGAAAUUAUUGGCGCCUGCGGCUCUGCCGAUACUUCAUCGAGACAUUAAAAGAUGAUCAGCACAAGCAAAACGGCCUGAGCAUUCGACAAAUAUCAGAUGAUACGGGCAUGACACCUGACGACGUGAUUGCCGCUUUGGAAGGCCUUCGAGCGCUAGUGCGGGAUCCGCAGACAAAGGUAUAUGCCUUCCGGAUCGAUCUGGAAUACUGCCGACAGUACGUGGCCAAAUGGGAGUCAAAGGGGUAUGUGCAACUGAAGCCCGAGGCUCUUGCAUGGACACCAUAUGUGAUGGGCCGCAGCAAUGCUGUUAACUUUGAGCUUGGGCCGCCUAUCAACACGAUUGCCCCUCGGGAAGACGAUGAGGCCAAGCUUGAGGAGGGUGCAAAUGGCAUAUCGGGAGAAAACCAUUCGAUGAUGAUGGACGGUGAAGUGAACGAGGGUCCUCAGUCGAGAAUUAGCUCUGCAUCGGAGACGGGCGACUCAAGCAAUAGCAACCCAGGAUUUACACCGAUUAUGUCGAUCGAGGAGAAGAUGGCGCCUGAAGACAAAGAAAACGCAGAGCCACAAGACGAAGCCAUGGAUGAUGUGGAUUCGGAACCAGAUUGGAUGACGCCUUAUCGCGAUAUACCACCAAGCCGCUUUGAAGUUUUCCCGCCUGUAGCCGGUGGCCGCCGUGCUGAUCGCUCGCGGCAGAGUGUAAGCAGACCAUUGGUGCCUCGCAGCUCAGGAGGAGGUAGCUCUCGGCCACGACCAAAGAGGGCUGGUGGGAGCAGCCGGCGACCUCCUGCCAACCGUCCUAGAAGCAGCGGAUCUAGGAGAAGGACAGGCGGCACUGGUCGUGGCCCUGGCAGGUGGCCUAAGGGAACUAAGAAGUCAGACUACGGCAAUGCAGACAGUGGGCCGGGAUUACCACCUGGAUGGAGGGACAGGCCGGCCCCUGGGACGGACAUGAUUACAGACGGCGAUCACAGCGUUACAACAUCUCUGGGCGACGAAGAACCUGCCAAGGACGAAGUUAGAGUCAUGACUCCUCAGCCGUCGAGCAAUGGAUUUGUGCUGAGCGUACAGCUGGGCGGCCAAGCAGUGGCGGCACCCGACCAAGGCAUCAACGGCGGAGGCGAAGAGGAAGAACUGGAUGUCGAUGCUGAGGGCGAAGACGAAUAA